AUGUACUCUGCGGUCGUUCUCCUCUCCCUCUAUCUCGCAGCCGUCAAGGCCCAGCAAGUCGGCACCAGCAAGGCUGAAGUCCAUCCCCCGCUUCCUUGGCAGAAAUGCACCAAGUCCGGAGGUUGUGUUACUCAAUCUAGCGGCAAGGUCGUGCUCGAUGCCAACUGGCGCUGGGUUCACACAACGACCGGUUACACCAACUGCUAUACCGGCCAGAAGUGGGAUACCUCCAUUUGCACCGACGCCGUUACCUGCGCCAAGAACUGCGCUGUCGAUGGUGCUGACUAUUCUGGCACCUAUGGUAUCACCACCUCCGGCAAUGCCUUGACUCUCAAGUUUGUCACCCAGGGCUCCAGCGGCAACAACGUCGGAUCUCGUGUUUACCUCAUGGCCUCUGACGAUACCAAGUACGAGUUAUUCAAGCUCAAGAACCAGGAGUUCACUUUCGAUGUCGAUGUUUCCAACCUCCCCUGUGGUUUGAACGGCGCUCUCUACUUCUCCGAGAUGGAUGCCGAUGGUGGCAUGUCCAAGUACCCGAACAACAAGGCCGGCGCCAAGUAUGGAACCGGUUACUGCGAUGCUCAAUGCCCCAAGGACAUCAAGUUUAUCAACGGGGAGGCGAACGUUGUCGGCUGGAAUGGCGCUCCUAAUGACCCCAACUCGGGCACUGGUAGCUACGGGACCUGCUGCACUGAGAUGGAUAUCUGGGAGGCUAACUCCAUGGCCACUGCAUACACCCCUCACCCCUGCUCUGCCAACGGCCAGACGCGCUGCACUGGCUCCGAAUGCUCGAGCAUCUGUGACCAGCCCGGAUGCGACUUCAACUCCUACCGCAUGGGCGACAAGUCUUUCUACGGCAAGGGUCUCACCAUCGACACCAACAAGAAGAUAACCGUUGUUACUCAAUUCAUCACCUCUGACGGUACUGCCAACGGUGCUCUGACCGAGAUCCGCCGCAUCUACGUCCAAGAUGGCAAGGUCAUCCAAAACUCGAAGACCAAUGUUGCCGGAAUGGACACCUACGAUUCGAUUACCGACAAGUUCUGCGCUGCCCAGAAGACCGCCUUCAAUGACGAGAAUGUCUUCGCGAACAAGGGUGGUCUCUCCGCUAUGGACAAAUCUUUCACCAAAGGCCACGUCCUCGUCUUGUCCAUCUGGGACGAUCAUACUGCCAACAUGCUCUGGCUCGACAGCGACUACCCCGUCGGUGGCAACACCAACACUCCCGGGAUUGCUCGUGGCGCUUGCUCCACCUCUUCUGGUGUUCCUGACGAUGUUGAGAAGAACAGCCCCAAUGCUUCCGUUACCUUCUCGAACAUCAAGUUUGGUGAUAUUGGCUCUACCUACGGCGGCUCCACCGGUACCCCCACUACCCCUACCACCAGCGCUCCUGCUACCACUACAACCGCUUCUUCUGGCACUGUUCCUCACUGGGGUCAAUGCGGCGGUAUCGGAUACACCGGCCCGACUGUUUGCCAAUCUCCUUACACUUGCGUCAAGAACGGCGACUACUACUCCCAAUGCUUGUAA